GCCCGGCCGCGGCCGCCGCCCCGCCCGCUGCCCGCGCCGCCGCCCCCCGCCCGCCUCCCGGGAAGCGCGGGCACGGCCCCGCCGCCGCCGCCCGCGGCUGGACGCGUCCCGCGCCCGCGGCCCCGCGCGCGCGCCAGAUUCCCUCUUGCAGUCGGGGGGUGCUCCUGCACCCCUGCAAACACAUCCCUGCCAACACCCUGUGACAGCCCUGGGACCUGCUGCCUCCCUGCCACCAGCUGGAGAGGAGAAGCCAGCGGGGACUGCCGGGAAGGGGGACUAACCCCCCAUCCAUGGCAGGGAACAACGGCCCGGGGCUACCGGAGAGCAGCCAGUGCCCGGAGCCUACACCUGUCCCUUGUCCCCACACCAUCCACGCCACUGCCCUGGAGGCUCCCGGUGAGCCCCAACCAUGUAGGCACAGCCUGGGGCUCCACUGACGGCCACCAUCAACAUGCAGCAGGGCUACGCUGCCGUCCUAUGUGUCCUGGCCGUGCUGGGGCUGGAGGCCGCGGCGCCGGGCGAAUGCGAGCUCACCCGCCUGCUCCAGGACAAGCUGCAGUAUGAGAUGCGCCUGCAGUACAUGAAACAUUACUUUCCCAUCGACUACACAGUCCAGGUCCAGUAUGAAGAGGUGCUGAGGCCUUCCAACAUCACCCGCCUGCGCAACGGGACCGUGUCGGAGGCAGCGCUGCGGUACCUGUGGUUCCAUGUCAGCUCCCAGGCCGUGCUGCGGAUCCGCGAGGUGCUGCCAGAGAAGCACCCAUCCUGGAAGUACACCCAGGAGCUCUGCCAGCUCUUUGAUGCCCUGGGCGAGGAGUACAGCAAGUACCGGCAGACAGACGUGGAAACUGUGGUGGCCGAUCUGGUGAAGCUGAUCCACAGCGCGGGCGCUGAGAGCCGGAGCAAGGCUGUGCGCCCCAAGGCACUGCUGGACAACUGCCUCAAGGUCAUGCGGAUGCUCUACGGGGUGCCCUGUCGGUGGGAGUCCACCUAACAGUGUGGAAGAUCCUUCACUCAUCCCCUCACUGGACACCUCCUUGCCCUGGAGCCUUGGAUGCUGCCUCUGUUCUGCUCCUCCCAGAGCCCCGUGGUGGGUUCCUAAGGAAGCUGCAAAGGUGGGACAAAUGCCACUCCUUCCAGGACCAAACACAACCCUUUCCAGAACUGUGGGACUGUUUAUGGCUGUGGGAUCUUGUCCACCCGAAAUGUCUGCCACCCUUUGCAUGGGUGUGGGCUCAGACACAGCCCCCUGUGGCAGGCAGCUGUUGGGGGGACACACAGCCCUCCCUGCCCACAGGCAGGUGAGGACAUCACCCCGUUUCUCUCAGUUUGUAUUUUUUCCUCAGCUUUGAUUAAACACCAGUUAAUUCUGUAGCAUUGCAGCUCAGCUUCCGACUGGGUCCUGGGAUCCUCCAGCCUUACCCGAAAUAAAGGACCAGCAAAGAGA